CGGCGUGGCGGGCGUUGCUAGGUAACGCGUAUGGCGGAGAGGUCUACCUGGACGGAGGCCGCGCUUGGCGAGUAAUAGACCUGCAGCCGGGGCAGGGGCAAGAUCGGAGUGGGCGCUGCUGAGCCCUCUCGCCCGAGUCAAGAAAGAACCUUCUUGCGACGCGAGAUUUGCCUUCACUGGAUCACAAGUUGAGCAUAUAAGAUUGGUUUCCUCAGAUCAAGAAACAUGUCUGAUGAAGAUAUUAUCAGUACAUUAGCCUACACCAAGAGCCCAAAGUUCUCCAAAAGAACCACUUUUCAGGAAGAGCUACAAGAAGCACUUUCUGCUCGUGCAGCAAGACAGCAAUCUGCUGAAUAUUCAGAAGAUUUUGAGAGUGAUGAAGAAGGUACAGAAGAGGAGUUUUCUGAAACUGUGGAAAACACCCCAAAGAAAUCAGUUGCCUUUGCAACACCACUAUCCAAGUAUAGUCUUCGCAAUAUGAGCACUUUGAAAAGAGGAAGUGCAGAUGUCUUAUCUUCAUCAGAUGAAGAUGAAAGACCAAAAUAUGUGUCCAUGGUGGAGAGAGAGAUUUUGAGUGACGAGAGGCAAGCUAUCCCCUUUUCACUAACUGAACAUUCUGGGUCAAGUGAAGGGAGUGCAGCAAAAACAUCCAUUCCAUUUGAAAUAUCUCUGCCAGAUCACUACUCUUUCAAAAAAAAACCUGCUGAUGACUUGGCUUUGGCAGAAGAAAGACCUCAGGAAACAGCCCAGCUGGAGAGUGAACAUCUGAGUGAAGAGAGGCAAGAAGAGGACUCAGUUUCUGAAGAAGGGUCAGGUUUUGAAGGGGAGGGUGAUCAACAGGAUGAGGCGCCUAUGUUUGAAUUGCAGAUAGACAGGGAUGAUAUGGUUCGAUGCAAAACUGAAGUCAAGCCAGUGCCAAAACCAAGGGAAUUCAAGACCAAGUCAGCAUCAGUAUCAGCUGAGAAUAUCAGUAUUCCUGCGCGACAUGAUUAUGCAAAGCCAUCUUCUCAACCUAGGAGUGUUUUGAGAAAAAGUAGCCACGUGGAGGAUUAUGAAGGAACGAAGGCAGAGGACAGAACAUCUUACAGCCACAGAUUGUUUUCAUUGUCUGCACCAUCUUCUGAAACAAGGCUAAAUGAUCAAGUGAUGAAAUCUGAAAAAAGAGUACUCUCUGAAAGUCCUGGUCCUGAGGGCCCCUGGAUUGCAAGCUCCUCAUCCCCAUUCCCUAUUCAUUUUUCAUCAGUGGAUGAGAGAACUGGAGAUUCCAAUUUGACAAUAUCUGGGGAAGAAUCUUCAAAAGAUGAUGAACAAAAAGAAAUGGACAACUGCAAUGAUCUGAAACUGUUGGAGAGUGGCAGAGAAUCCCCUUCUGUGAUAGAACUAAUGAUGACAACAGUUUAUGAGAAAACUAAGAAACUGCAGAAAUCAACUGAAGAUUAUCUGGAAGGAAAGCUGCAAACAUUAGAACUCAGUGCCACUGAGGAUGGAGCAAAUGAGACAACAAAGGAUGAUAAAUCCAAACAGAAGGAAGAAGGUGAAGAAAGAGAGCCAAUUCCACAAAAAGCAAAAUCUUCAAUAAGCAGAUCUUUCAGCUCUACAUACUUGAAGAAACCUGUGAAGCACUUUCCUAUCCCAAUAAGUACAUCUUCUCAGUAUUUAGGAACAUUAAAGGUCUUGGAUAACAAGCAUUUGCAAAAAUACAGUGCUGAACUUGAUAAAGCAGAUAGUUUACGUGCAGCUGUUUACCAGGACUGGUUGGAAAAGAAAAGAAUCUUUCUGUUGGAGCUACAAAGAAUAAAAAGAAACAAAGCUGAGAACUUGCGGGAUAAAAAUGAAAAGAAAGAAGCUGCUAAGAGAGAAGAAGCGCUUGCAUCCUUUGAAGCCUGGAAGGCCAUGAAAGAAAAAGAGGCAAAGAAACUGGCUGAGAAAAAACGGUUGGAAGAGGCAAAUAAAAGGAAAGAAGCAGAAUUAAACGAGAAGAAAAAGGAAGAGGCACAGAAGGCAGCUUUUGAGAAAUGGAAAGAAAAGAAAGCUGAAUAUUUAAAACAGCAAAUAAAAAGGGAGAAAAGAGUUGAAAGAUUAAAAAAGAAGAAAGAAGAGGAGGUUGUUGCAGAGAAGAAGAAAGACAGCAGGUCUGCUGUUGAAAAAUGGAAUGAGAAAAAAGAAGAAUUCCUGAAGCAAAAGAAAAAAGAAAAAAUCCAAGAAAGAAAAAAACAGGUAGAACAAGACGUUGAGAAGGAAGAAAAAGAUAAAAGAGCGAUAGAAGAGUAUGAAAAAUGGCUGGAAAAGAAAGAGAUGAACCAAAGGAUUCAGGCAAAGCAAAAGAAGCUCCAGGUUAUCCUUGAAGAUGAAACUGCACCUCCAUGGAGCCCACCUGGCAAAGCUGUGUCCUCAAGAAGGUAUUGAGAUGCCCAGUGCCAUGAGGAAAGUUCCAACCUUCUGCCAUCCUCUAAUCAUCCUUUAUUGCACAACAUCUGAUUUUAACAUGAAUUGAAAUUGGCUCUUUAAUACUUUCUUUGUAGGUGGUGGUUUGGCUCUUUGGUAUGGGAACACCACAUGCCCUAA